AUGGAGACAAGCAGACAACAUCACAAGGACAUGAUAUCGACAAACGCCGGCUGCGGUGGGACGACGUUAAUGGGCCGCGGCGAGGGCAAAGCCUGCUGGGCUCUUCCUGCGUCCGAUGAGGGCGGGAAGAGUGGGACGAACGCAGUGACGGUGGCUCCUCUUCAACAACGAUGGAGGCAAAUGAAGGCAUGGGCCGUGAGGGUUGGAGUGGUUUAA